AUGACUUUAGAUUCAGUUGAAGCUUAUCACAUUCUCCGUAAUGGAAUUACUGGUGGUCUAUCAAAUGUUCAACAUCGUGUUAAUCUUAAAGGAAUCACGCACAUUAAUAAACUUUCAUAUAAUCCAGAAACUAAAACUGUAUCAAAUGAGGACACCACCAACAUUAUGACUCAUUUCGUUGGUGUUGACUUUAAUUCAUUAUAUCCUUCAUCAUUUUCAUCUAAUCCUCAUGAUUUCAUUCAAUAUACUGACCAUAAAAUGUAUAUGCCGGGAAGAUUGAAUGGUGUUAUCAUUUGUGAUACAGCAACAAAGAAAGCAAAAGCAUUGGGAAUAAUUAAGAAGAAAAAUACUUUAUUCGUGGCUGAAGUAAAGGGUCACAUUGAUGAAAAAUACAUUAAUGAUUACAUAAACUUUUUACCGAUAAUAAGAAACUUAGAUAUUAUCACAGAUGAAAAAACAAUUGGCAGUUUUAUGUAUAAUUACAUGAAAUCAAACAAUCUACCAGUUGACCAGAAACAGAGAAAAUUAACUCAGUUAGCAUCAACACACAACCAAUAUCAACCAUUUUCUUCUUAUUAUCUUUGGUAUCUAAUAGACAGAUUUCAUUUUAUCAUCGAUGAUAUUCAAUCAAUUUUAACAUUUACUAAAAACACUUGCUUUAAUGAAUUUGCGAACGAAUUUAUGAACGAAAGACAAAAGGCUGAAUUAGAAGGAAAUAAAGGAAAAAGUUUAUUUUGCAAGAUUUCACUUAAUGGAUCAUAUGGUUACGAUGCAAUGAAUACACAAAAUUACGCAAAGACUAAAAUAAUGAAUGCACAGAAGGCACGCGUUGCAUGUAUGUCAAAUAAGUUUAAAAACAUAAGAGAAAUAGGUGAAGAUACGUAUCAAAUGAUGCUCAAAGAUAGAUUUUAUAGAUGUGAUACAUGUUUACAAGAGGCAUUCUUCACUUUAGAUAAUGCUAAAUACUGGUAUUUGGUUUUCAUUUAUGAUUUUAUGUAUAAAUGCAUGAAUGUUAAUCGUUUUCAUUUCAUUGAAGGUGAUACUGAUUCAUCUUAUUGGGCAAUCGCUGGUGAUCCAAAUCUUCCUAACACUCAAGCAUUUCAAGCAAUUGUUACUGAUAAACAAUUUUAUGAUAAAAACAUUUUCAAAUUCGCACCAUUUGAUUUCUGCUGUUUUGAUGAGAAAUUUAAACCUAAAUUAAAGAAUAAAGCUGAAGAAAAAGCACAUGAGAAGAAGUUAUUGGGUUUAGCAAUUGAGAAACAAGGUGAUAACAUGGUUGCUUUAUGCCCCAAGUGUUAUACAUCAUUCAACGGUUCAAUUGAUGGGGGUGAUUUUAAAAAGAUUGCACAAAAAAUGAAAGGUGUUAGUUUACGACAAAAUAAACAAUUAACACCUAAAAAUUAUUUGGAUAUAAUAAAUGAUAAAGUGAUAUUUGAUGGUCAGAAUAUUAAUUUACAACUUAAAAACGGAUUAAUGACUCGCUUAACAAUUGGUAAGACUGCAUUAACAGGAGCACACACUAAGGCUGUAUGUUGUGAAAAUGGAUGUUGUAUGCCGUUUAUUUAA